CCGCUCCUCCCCCGCAGCAGAGGCCCUCUGCGGGUCACACAGCAACAUGGCGUCGGGAGGAGCGUUAGCUCCGGGACACGUCGUUGCCUGAAAGCCCGGUGGUCCGGUAGGAUGAACCUCUGCGCCCAGUACCUGCGACAGGCAGAGGCCCUGAAGGCUGACAUGACGGACUCUAAGCUGGAAGCGGCCGAGGUGUGGACGUCCCGUCAGGCCCUGCAGGACCUGUACCAGGAGAUGCUGGUUACGGAUCUGGAGUACGCCUUGGACAAGAAGGUGGAGCAGGACCUGUGGAACCAUGCCUUUAAGAACCAGAUCACCACGCUGCAGAGCCAGGCCAAGAACCGAGCCAACCCGAACCGCAGCGAGGUCCAGGCCAACCUGUCCCUGUUCUUGGAGGCCGCUAGUGGAUUCUACACUCAGUUGCUCCAGGAGCUCUGCACCGUCUUCAGCGUGGACCUUCCCUGUCGGGUCAAGUCGUCUCAGCUCGGCAUCAUCAGCAACAAGCAGAGCGGUGGCGGCACCAUCAUCACACCUCAGCCCAGUUCCUGUUCCUACAUCUGUCAGCACUGCCUGGUCCAUCUGGGAGACAUCGCCCGUUAUCGGAACCAGACCAGCCAGGCGGAGUCGUACUACCGACACGCAGCUCAGCUGGUCCCAUCAAACGGUCAGCCCUACAACCAGCUGGCCAUCCUGGCCUCCUCUAAGGGAGACCACCUCACCACCAUCUUCUACUACUGCCGCAGCAUCGCAGUCAAGUUCCCCUUCCCAGCAGCCUCCACCAACCUGCAGAAGGCCCUAUCCAAGGCUCUGGACAGCCGUGAUGAGGUGAAGACCAAGUGGAGCGUGUCUGACUUCAUCAGGGCCUUCAUCAAGUUCCACGGCCACGUCUACCUGAGCAAGGGUCUGGACAAGCUGGACGUCCUGAGGGACAAGCUGGAGGAGCAGUUUCAGCGGCUGAUUUUGCAGAAGGCCUUCAGCUCCCAGCAGCUGGUCCACAUCACCGUCAUCAACCUGUUUGAACUCCACCACCUGCGAGACCUGACGGGGGACGGCCGCGAGCAGACCUACAGCAGCGAGCAGCAGAUCAUUUGGUUCCAGCUGCUGGGCCUCUUCGUGUCCUUCCUUGGUGUGAUGUUCAGCUGGGUCCUUUUGAACAAGAACAGGGGCGAGGACACCAUGGGGGAGUGUCCUCUGCCAGCCAUCAAGCUGUCCUUGGACUGGCUCAAGCUAAGGCCCAGUGUCUUCCAGGAGUCUGCUGUGGAGAAGAGGAAGUACAUCUGGCCCUGGCUGGUGUCCAUCCUCAACAGCUUCCAGCCCAGAGAGGAGGACAUGUCCUUCUCCUCAGUCAUGCCGCUGCCAGAGGAGUUUGAGCUCCAGGGAUUCUUGGCACUGCGACCUGCUCUGAGGAGUUUGGACUUUGCCAAAGGUCACCAGGGGAUCCUGGUGGACCGGGACGGCCUGCCCAUUUCUGCCCGGCACCAGCGCCUCAUCGGUCUGGGUCGAUGGAUGUGUGAAAACCAGCCGGGGCUGAUCCGGUACAGAGUGAGCGAGGACGGACUCCUCAUCUUCAUCACUGACAUUCCAGAGGAGGCCAUUGAGGAGCCACAGGACAAGGAGGUACCGGUGCUGCAGGAGUCGUCCAAUGGAGAGCAGACUCCCAACGAUGGCGGCAACACGGGCCUCAAGUCGGUUCUGUCCACUGGAAAGACGCAGAGCUCCUGGCCCGACAGUGGCGAGCGACCCAUUGUCACCUUCAAGGAGAACAUCAAACCCAGAGAGCAGAGCCAUGAUCUUACUCGGAGCCACCUGCAGAAAGACUCCUGCAAGGAGCGCCGGGAAUUCUCCAAAGGAGCUGGAGCUUCUGCUGGGAAAGGGGAGCUGAAGAAGGACGGGAAGAGGAAGAGCGAGGUGAAGGCCCAGCCGGAGCUGAGGAAGACUCCGGUCACUCAGACCCAGACCACCAGCUCUUCCCAGUUCAUCCCCAUCCAUCACCCUGGAGCCUUCCCCCCGCUGCCCAGCAGACCUGGUUUUCCUCCUUCGGCCUACAUGAUCCCAUCUCCGGUGGCGUUCCCGGGACUCCAGGUGAAUCCAGGAUUCACCUUCUCUACCGGACCGUUCCUCCAGUCAGCCGUUCACACCCAGACCGGAGGUCAGGUCCAGGCCGGGAAGCAGUCCCACAUUCCCUACAGCCAGCAGAGACCCUCGGGCCAGGGGCCAGGUCCGGGCCCCAUGAACCAGGUCCCCACCCAGUCUCCUACCAAACCGGUCCAGCAGGUCGGGAUGGGGAAGAGUCCUCCUCACCCCUCGGGGCUUCCCCAGUACAUGCAGGACCAGCCGGCCCAGAUGUGGAACCAGGCCCAGGUAGCUCUGCAGAAGAUGUCUCCCAUGCAGAUGUCCAUGAAGCCACCUCAGCAGCCUCCUCAGCUACAGCAGAACUUCUACAUGUCCCCCCAGGAUCCCCUGAAGCUCUACGAGAACCAGCUGCAAUCUCAGGUGUCCAACAUGGACAAGAAGAUGAAGUACCCCGACGUCAAGGUCCAGGACUUCUACAGGCAGUCCCCCUACAGGGUGGGCGACAGUCUGGCCAUAAUGUCUGAGAGGAUGAAGAGGCCUCUAGAGCACGAGGUCCCUGCAGGACCUCGUGGUCCCAUUUUCGAGCAGGACAACAAGACCUCACCUCUUCUACCUCCUGACCUGUUAAAAACUCUAGCAGACCUGGAGGAGGACGAGGAGCUGGCCUUUGCUAAGCCUCCUGAUUUCUUCCAGGCCCUGGCUGCUCCCCUUAGCUCUGCUCCUGGACCAAAUAUCUUUCUUCCCAACCAGACGAGGAUGGAGAGCGACCCCGAGGUUGUCAGCCAGCUGUCCUCCAUCCUUCCUAUGACCAGCUUCCCCAUGCAGGAGUACACCCAGAACAGCAUCUUCAGCCAGGCCUACGGCAAAAACCUGGCCCUCAGCUCCAAACCUGAUGCUCCCAUAAUGCAACAGGAGACAUCCCUUUACUCCCUGUUCGAGGGAACUCCCUGGUCCCCCUCCCUCCCCGCCAGCUCAGACCACUCCACCCCGGCCAGCCAGUCCCCCCACUCCUCAAACCCCAGCAGCCUGCCCUCGUCCCCUCCCACACACAACCACGGACCUGUGCCCUUCUCCAACUUCGGGCCCAUUGGCACUCCGGACAGCCGGGACCGCAGGAUGGUGGACCGCUGGAAGGCCGAGAAGCCCGGUACUUUUGGUCUGGACUACCUGCAGGCUUCAGCCCCCUCCACAGGGUCUGACACCAGCUGGCACCAAGCCAGCUCCACAGGCAGCUGGACCAACCCGGAGUCUCCAAUGGAAGAGUCAUCCUCCACUGUACUUCUCGACAGCCUCAAGUCCAUCUGGUCCAGCUCCAUGAUGCAGCCCGGCCCAUCAGCUCUGGAGCAGCUCCUCCUGCAGCAGAAGCAGAAGCAGCAGCGAGGUCAUGGCGCCAUGAACCCGCCUCACUGAACGGCAGCCCGACGCGGCGCUUUGAGUCUAGUCGUUAACCAACCGCCACCAGGAGGAAUGGAGGUAAAAACGUACAGAAGUUUGACCAGCUCCAAUCGACAAAGGGAUAUUAAACCGACAAGGAGCGGUGGAGCCUGGGGAGGCAACGUGACCCCCCAACAAAGAUGAAUCACCACCCCCACCCCCCUCGGCUGUUCGAGGAGUGGUGGCGCCCCUACUGGGCUGGAGGGAGUCGGGAUCUUCUACAUUGCAGCACCACGCUGCCGCUGGAUUUCCUUCAACCUGUGGAAAUCUGAAAUCUGAGGGACUCCCCUCAACACCCCCCUCGCGCCCCCACCCCCCCAGUUUUGAAAGACACCACAUCCGCACCCCCCUCAUCUAGGAAAACAUCAUCUCUCUUCUUAAAAAAGCGGUUCAGCUUCUUAGACGUCUGCUGGUUCUGACGGAGUGUCUGGUGUCCCUCAUCUCUGUCGCCGCUGGCUUCAGCAUCUCUGAGAGGGUGAGGAUGGCGUGGGGGGAGGCUGGGUGAGAGGCACAGACUGGACUUUCUGACCUCUCCAUGUUCAUCAGUGAGGAGGACGAGGAUGACGGACGGAGCGUUUGGCUUUCAGCUCUAUAAAUAUUUACAUAAAUAUAGAUUUCUAUAGUCGAACUGUGCCUGUGGAUCGGCUUCCUGGUGCCCAAGUGCAUCAUGGGAUGGAGGAAGGGAAUUGGGGGAACUAAGCACUAGCCACCCUGUGGAUCUUAGGGAUAGAGUUUCUGUUAGCUAACUACAACCAGACGUAUUUUGUGAUUUGUUCGUAGCAGUUUUAGCUUUUCUUCCUCUGAGGUGAAUCCGGUUUAUCUGUUAGCUUCCUGCUUGAAUCCUGGGCAGAUUCCUGCCUCCUUCCUCUCCUCUGCCUAACGAAGAACCUGAAUUUGCACCCCUGCUUGCUGACUAAACCUUUUUCUGUCCUUGUUCACCUAGUUUGGCACAUGCGUGUACCAUCUGCUUUUAACGGUUUGUUGAUGCGUCGCUGCUUUAGAUGAACGUGUGACUGAAGCCCAAACUCAGAAGAACAUCCCACAGUUAUCCGGAAACCCCCAGGUUCCUUCUUUAGCUGUUGUCAUGGCAACAGGCUGAAUAUUCAUUUAAACUGGAGGAGUACCAGACUUUCAUUCAUGUUUAUCACAUUUUUCUGCUGCAGCUGUUAAAUAUUUAAAUAAUACUGUUCAUGUUUUACUCUGAAAAUUCUUCAAAUUAGAUUCCAAAACCAGGAAAGACACAAAGCGGAGCUUCUUGUUAAGAAGGAUGUCAUGAUCACUCCUUCUGCUGGUUUGUGUUUUUUAACUAAAACGUGACCUGUGGAGGUUCCGGUGCUGGACUGUUCAGGUUUGGGCUUUUAUUUCUCUGGACCAGCAGUCCCAUUUGUUUUAGAGCCAGUCAGGAGGCUUCUCUACUUCCUGUUGGAACCAGCAGCGCUUAGUUGUGAGGAGAAAUAAAAGCGGGUUUUAUUUUCCUGUUGAGGACAUUUAGUUAACUCCAGACGCGUCUACUUUCCGUGUUUGUUCUUUUCAUGUUGCAUUUCCAAAAUAUAUUUGAAGAGAAAUAAAAAGUGAAAGGUCUGACUGUGGAAGAAUUUGGCCAGAAGCUUCAAGGUUCUGGUUCUGACGCGGGCUUCGGCCUCUCUGUAGACUUGGCCUUUAAAUAAACUCUGUUGAUCUCUGA